AUGGAAUUGGAUGAGCAGAGACCAGACCAACCAAACAAUUUGCUGGAAAACGAUGAACUACAGGAAUUCUUAAUGCCACUGAAUCUUGACCAAAACAUGGGAUUGCGUUGCGUUGCCGAUCUCGAUGCCGAGGGUAUCGUCUUUUUCGAAUACUACAGGACAACCUACUGUAAUUUCGUCUCUAUUGGCUUGAAGUCACUGAAUUACUUCAACAAAACAUUUAUUGGACUCGCAAAUGUAUGCACAGGUGUUGCCUAUGCAGUAACAGCUUGGGGAGGGUUCUAUUUGGAAUUACAGAAGCCCAGGUGUGAUUUCACUCGCCCAUGGACAUACAUGCAGAAGGCGGCCAAGGCAAUGUGUGACGAAAUGGGCUCAGAAUUGAAACCAAGCAGCAAAGAGCAACUUCUUUCUCUAUUCGGUUUCUAUCUCAUUUUCAUUGGUAUUGAGGUGUGCACUGGGGACAUCCGGAAUUGGCGUGGUCUCAUGAAUCAGUGCAAAGAUCUAAUACACUCCUAUGGAGGCCCGAUUUCGUUAAGCCAUGCUUUUGAAGAUAGCAACGAUAUUAAAUGGCUCCUCUCAAAUUUCUGCUUCCAUGAUAUUUUAUCAUCGCACACUCUUACAGUUGGGACAACAUUUCCAAUGUCAGAAUAUGAGACAGUAGUGUCCCCCAACCUGUCCUACGGCAUAGAUCCGCUACAUGGAAUUGUAAGUCCUGUAUAUCUCAUUUUCGGCCACAUUGGCAACAGUAAAGCCAGAUUAGGGAGUCUUUGGGAAGUGGUGACUGAAAAGGUAGCUAAUAAUGACCCACAAGGUGAUAUUUUGCGGGAGCAGUACUACGAGGAGGUUGAAAGAGUGACAGCAGAGAUAAAGGGUAAAAUUGAUACCUGUCACCCUUCAGAUACUCACUUGGAAUUGUUAGGAAAUGAUCCGAAAGCCCGCGAAAUCCAUACAGCUCUCUUUCAGCUCUACAUUUUUGCAAGCAGAAUCCAAUUAGGCACUUCUAUUCAGAAGUUGCCACAAUGUGCACUCAGUCAGCAGCACCUACUUUUGCAGUCAUUUAAACUACUAGACAUGCUAUUGGUUACCCCAGUCAAGGUAGCGCUUUCACUACUGAUAUUAGUUUGUGGGGUCCUAUGUUGCAAUGAAAGGGACCGGCUGCGAAUGACCACAAUGUUUCGAAUGCAUCUGAAACAAUACGAAAUUGGCAACUUACAACGAAUCGAAGAGACAGUUCUUGAAGCAUGGCAAUUGAGCCCCGAGGGAAAUACUUGUCUUGAUUGGGCUGAUCUUGUCAGAGAUAAGAGUUGGCAUCUCUAUGUCGGUUAG